AUGGGAAAAGUAUUAAUACUUUUUUUAUUUGUAUUAUUAUUAAUAACUUUUAUUAAUUGUACUAAUAAUAAAAUAUUAAACAAUGAAAACUCUUCAAAUGAAGAUAAUGUAAUAAAUGUAUUUUUAAUUCCACACUCUCACUGUGAUUUAGGAUGGGUACAAACACUAGAAGAAUAUUAUUCAGAAAAUGUAACAGUAAUUUUAGAUAAUGUUAUAAAUACAUUAAUUAAAGAUUCAAGUAAAAAAUUUAAUUGGGCAGAGAUUUAUUAUUUUGAAACAUGGUGGAAUGAACAAUCAUCAUUCCUCCAAGCUCAAGUUAGGAAUUUAGUAAACAAUGGACAAUUAUAUUUUGUUGGUGGUGGUUGGGCACAAAAUGAUGAGGGUGCAACUCACUAUCAAGCAGUUAUCAAUCAAAUGACAUUAGGCCACCAAUUUUUGUUAUCAGAAUUUGGCGUGGUUCCAGAGAUUGGCUGGCAGAUUGACCCCUUUGGACCAUCAACUUUAACAGCCACACUCUUCUCAUUGAUGGGGUUCAAAUACCAUGUUAUCAAUAGAAUAGAUGAACGUAUUAAAUAUAUAUACAAUGAUACACCCGACAUUGUGGGAUCGGGUUGGAUGACGACUGACAGGUCCUUCGAGUUCCAGUGGUAUCCAUCGCAUAAUGACCAAGAGCUGUCCAUUUUCACACAUGUGUUAGACCACCAUUAUAACUCGCCCUAUUUGAUAUACCCAAAUGCAAGCAACCCAAAUCAGUCGUUAACUACCGGGUUCGAUUUCGAGUCUGAUCCCACACAAAAUCCGCCCAUCAAUCAAUCCAAUAUCUACGAGAGGGCAGCUGUAUUUGUGGAGAUCAUGCAGCAACGGUCUCAAUUGUACAGACAUAACAAUUUACUCAUACCAUUUGGCAAUGAUUUUAGAUUCCAAAAUGCGUCGUUGGAAUUCGACAAUAUGGAUAAACUGAUCACCUACAUCAAUUCCAACUCGUCGUGGGGUGUCACUAUUCAAUACGCAACGUUGAAUGAGUAUUUUGAAAAGGUAGAAUCCAUAGAACCACCUGUUGAAUACGCCGACAUCGUCGGUCAGGACCUAUUCGUUUAUACAAUGUGUUUGGCGUCGGAUUACCAGGCAUUCAAUACUUGUGCAAAUUGGUGGUCUGGCUAUUACACCUCUUAUCCAUUACUAAAACAGACUGCAAGAGAUUCUGACUCACUAUUGAGAGUUGGUGAGAUGUUGUACUCGUUGAGUUGUUUCUAUUCAAAUGGCUUCGAUUUUGAUUUUAAUAUUGGUUUCUACGCAUUAAGCAUGCAUAGAAAUGUGAGUGGAAUACUAACACAUCACGAUGCUAUCACUGGCACUGCCAAGGAGUACGUACGGGUUAACUAUUUCCAAAUGUUAAACGAAGCACAGUCGUUGACUCUAGACUACAACAUACCCGAUUUCGUUGGAUUUUUAUUAUCAAAUAAAUCAUUAAAUAUUGAUUACCAAUCUAACGGUUCCUCUAUAUUGAAUUCGACAAAUCCUGGUGACAUCAUUGCAAUCUCAUUCACCAAUAGUAUAGCUUGGGAUAGAAUUGAAACCGUCUCUAUAGAAAUUCCAUUUGUUAAUAUGGCCGUAUACGACUACCAAUUAAAUCCAAUUCAAUCACAAAUUGUACAACGUUUUGAUAAAUCAAAUAAUUGGUAUCUUUAUUUCCAAGUUGCAACACCAGCAUUAGGUAUUUCAACCUAUUUCAUUGUAAUACUUUCAACAGAUGGUGAAAUAUUAAAUGAUAAUUCUAAAAAUUUACCAACUCCAAUUCAAUCAAUUUUAUCAAUUUCAAAUGAAUUAUUAUUUAAUGAUAAUGAUGAUGAAACUACAACAACCACAAUUGGUAAUUCAAAUUUUAAUUUAAAUUUUAAAUUUGAUAGAGAUAAUAAUAAUCUUUUAACAUUAAAUAGCUAUGAUGAUUUAUUUAAUAAUAAAAUUGGAAUUCCAAUUAGUCAACAUUUAAUUGAAUAUACAUCAUUAAGUGAUGAUGCAUAUAAAUUUAGAGUUCAAGGAUUACCAAUACCAUUAACACCAAUUAAUCCACAAUUUUAUUUAACAAUUGGUCCAGUUGUACAAAUUGUAACUAUAAUUUAUAAUAAUAAUUGUUCACAAUCUUAUUUAAUUUAUAAUGAUACAACUUCAUUUAAUCCAUUUGAAACUGAUAAUGAUAAUAAUAACAAUUCAAGAUUAAUUAAAAAUGAUCAAUAUUUUGAAAUUGAUAAUAUUGUUGCAUCAGGAUGGGAUAAAGAGAUAUCAAUGAAAUUUACAACAAAUAUUAAUAAUCAAAAUAUAUUUUAUACAAAUAAUGGUUUAGAAAUUAUGAAAAGACAAUGGGAAAUUCAUUGGAAUGAUACUUUUAUUUGGAGUGAAAUCACUAGUAACUUUUAUCCAAUGAUUAACACUGGUUAUAUAGUUGAUCAACAAGUUAGUGAUUAUCAACAGCAAUUAACCAUUUUAUCAAAACAAACAUUUGGUGCAAGUUCUCAAACAAAUGGUGAAUUUGAAGUAUUGUUAAUUCGUCGUUCAAAUUAUACUCAAUGGUCAGUACAUGAACCAAUGAAUGAUACAAGUAAUCCUUCGUUAAGAGUGUUGUGUAUAUUUGGUGAUCCAAAUUUUAGUAAUGAAAUUCGAACUCCUCAUUCAAUAUUAUUUGAAAAUCCAUUACAACCAGUUUAUUCAUUAAUUCCAAACUCAAUACCAAUUGAAAAAUAUAUUGAUACUUAUAAUACACUAUUUAAACCAUUACAAACUUCAUUACCAUACAAUUUACAUCUAUUAACUUUUACAAAACAAUGGAUUGAUUCACCUUCAAUUAUAAUGAGAUUAAUUAAUAUUUAUGAAAUUGGUCAAAGUAUUAAUUUUUCAAAAUCAAUUAAUUUUAAUAUUGGUAGUGGUGAUAAUAACAAUAACAAUAAUAAUAAUAAUAAUAAUGGUUUUUUAACUCAUUAUAAUAUUUCUCAAAUUAUUGAAACUACAUUAUCUGCAAAUUCUGAAUUAUCAAAUCCAACAAAUAAUUUAGUAAUUACUCUCGAACCUUUAGAAAUUAAAACAUUUUUAUUAACAUUAUCACCAAAACAAUAA